AUGAACCGCCUCUUUGGCACAGCCCCAAAGGGCCCAAAACCAACCCUCAACAGCGCAAUCACAAACAUUGACGACCGCAUCUCCUCCAUCGACGUCAAACUCUCCGCCCUCACGGCAGAGCUCAACACGUACCAACAAAAACUCGCCAAAAUGCGCGACGGCCCCGGCAAAUCCGCCAUCAAGCAAAAAGCCCUCAAGGUCCUCCAGCGCCGCAAAAUGUACGAGUCCCAGCGCGACCAGCUCCAGUCCCAGGUCUGGAACAUGGAGCAGGCGCAGACCAUGCAGGAUAACCUCAAGAAUACCAUGGCCACCGUCGACGCGCUCAAGACGACCAACAAGGAACUCAAGAAACAGUACGGCAAGGUGGAUAUCGACAAGAUUGAGAGGCUGCAGGAUGAGAUGGCGGAUUUGAUGGACAUUGGGAAUGAUAUCCAGGAGAGCCUUGCGCGAUCGUACGAUGUCCCCGAGGACGUGGACGAGGCCGAGCUGGAUGCUGAGCUCGAGGCGCUGGGGAUGGAGGCGGAGUUGGAGCCGGACAUGGGGGCUGGCCUGCCGAGUUUUCUGCAGGAUGAGUUGCCCGAGUUUGUGGAUGAGGAGCCGGCCAAGGAGGGUGCCAAGCUCAAGGAGGCUGCUGGCUAA